AUGGCUGCUACGGGUGGACGGGCGACGUGCAAGGCGCCCGAGUGUGGCUUCUUCGGCUCGCAGAACGGGUACUGCUCGCAGUGCUUCAAGUCGCGCAACUCCAUCAUCCGCAACAAAAUGAGUGCGGCUAGGGCGGCGCAGGAGCGGACGCAGCUCGAGCUGAUCACGUUGCAGUCGCAGUUGGAGGCGAAUCCGGGCAUGAUGGCAGCGGUGGAGGACAGGCUGCUGGUGCUGACUAUGGACCUGACCCGUGCCGAGGCUGAUUUGGCCGAGGCCGAGGCCGAGAUGGAUGAGUUCCUCAACCCGGCCGAGCCUUUGGGCGGCGGCGGCGCCGACGACGACGGCAUGUCCGAGGCGCUGCGGCGGUCGAUGGAGGAGGAGACGCUGCCUGCUGUCCGGCGGUUCUCGGCAUCCGAGCCCGAGCUGGCGAGUGCGUUGCGGACGAUGCUCGCCGGGCUGGUGAUUGACGACGAGGAGCAUGGGCUGCGGGCGAUGGCCGAGACUCCGCCGGUCUUUGUGGUGCCAGCCUUUGGCGACGCUACUAUGCAGGCACUGGUCAACAAGCUCCUCAUCGACGAGUACGUGACGGCGCGGACCGAGGCCGACGACGCCGGCGUUCUCAACUGGCGGCGGAGCGAGACUGGCGCGUCACGCGCGGUGGUUCUUCACACACUUGGCGACGGCAACUGCCUCUGCCACUCGGCCUCGCUCCUGCUGUGGCGAGUCCACGACCGGACCACCGUCCUCCGCUCGUGCAUCGCCAGUACGUUGAUGCCGAGCAGCAGCAGUGAUGCUGCCGCCGCGACCCGCAAGCGGAUUGAUGUCGCGCUCGGCAUCCAAGAGCCGUCUGAGACGGCGCUUGCGAGUCAGUGGGACGAGCAGCUCGGCUUGGUCAUGACCGACCACGGAGCAUCGCUGCGGGCUGGCUACCUCACUGAACUCCACGCCUUUGUUCUUGCCAACGUUCUCCGCCGCCCGAUUGUGCUGUUUGGCGACCACGAUGCGCUCCUUGCCGGUAUGGUCGGCGUCUACCUCCCGCUACUGUGGGGCGAUCCCGGACUAACGUCGCGGGCCCCGCUGGUAGUCCUCUUCAACGGCGCACACUUUUCGGCCGUCACUACAGUCCAGGGCACGUCGGGAGGUGAGCGGCGGGCGCUCCUACUGCAGACUAAGGCCGGCACUCUCCCGCCGCGGUUCCUCACUCCGGACGAGCAUAUUAUUGCCGACGAUCUGCUCGCGGCAUGGCUUGAGCUGCUGCCCGAGUCGGAGGCCUACGGCGCGCCGCUUGUGGCCCUUGACCCGCUCUCGGCCCACGAUCCAGUCCACGUCUUUGAUCCAGAGGCCUCGUCUGCGUCCUCGCUCGUCGCCACCCUCCAGCGCCAGUUCUUUGUCACCAUGCGGAACGAGACAUCGGCCGCGUCGGCCACACCUGUUGCCGCCGCCACUCCGCGCGACGGCCAGCGCGCCUUUGCCUUUCCAGACAGCUAG